AUGCCCACCAACCGCGCUGCAUGGGUCAAGACGCGCCAGUCGCCGACCAUGGUCAUCGAGUCAGCACCAUACACCUUGCCUGACGCCAAUGAGCUUGUAAUCCGCGCCCGCGCCGUCGCCGUGAACCCAGCCGACGUGGGUAUUCAGGCCAAGGGCGUUCUCCUCACCACUGACGAGCAGUAUCCCGCCAUUCUAGGCUGCGAUGUCGCAGGGGAAGUCGUAGAAGUGCAUCCGUCUCUAUCAGACCUGUUUCGCGAGGGCGACAGAGUCAUCGGCCAGACUACACCCUUGGCCACCAAGGACGGCGUGUACUGUUACUCGUCGUUCCAGGAAUAUGUGGUCCUGAAGAUGCCUUCUGUCGCAAAGAUUCCGGGCGGUCAGAGAUUUGAGGACGCGACGGUCCUCCCGUUGGGGUUCAAUACUGCUGCAAGCUGUCUCUUCGCGGCAGAGUGUCUGGGUCUACGGACGCCACCGACACAGAGACCGACCCCGGCCCAGGAGACCCGUGACGCCCAUGGUCAAGGGGGAAAGGAGGUAUUGUUGGUCUGGGGCGCUAGCAGCAGUGUAGGCUCCUGUGGAGUCCAACUGGCCAGGCUCGCAGGCUACGAAGUGAUAGCCACAGCCAGCGCAAGAAACCAUGACAUGGUCAAACAACGUCUCAGCGCGACAGCAUGUUUUGACCAAUCCGAUCCUGCUCUCGUCGACAAGGUCGUGAACAGCUUGCAAGGAAAACAUCUGGUGGGAGUUUACGACGCCAUUUCGACAGACGCCACACUCGCUCCGGUCUGUGAGAUUCUGGAUCGGGCGCCGGGAGCAAGGAAAUUGGUCGCCGCAGUGAUGCCUGGGUGUGAGGCCAAAUCCAGCAAAGGGGUCAGGAUCACCACCAAUUUCGUCACGACUUUUGUGGACAGCGGCCUGGCGAGGGCUCUGUGGACAUGGUUGGAGGAGACGCUGCAAGAUGGUGGGUUCAAGUGCAUGCCGCCUGCGGAGGUGGUCGGUCAUGGGUUGGAGCAUGUGCAGGAGGCCGUGGAUCUGUUGGCCAAGGGCGUCAGCGCAAAGAAGUUGGUCGUCACAAUUUGA